AUGAACGCUUUGAGCCUUGCUGUCGCCGCCUGCCUGGCCAUGGCCACCUACGCUGAGAUGCAAAAUGUUACUGUUAAGGGAGUGGCCGUCUGCGAUAAGAAAGUUCUUCAUAACGUCCUCGUGGAGUUGUAUGAGAAGGAUACCAUGAACCCCGACGAUCUUCUGGCCCACAUCCACACCAACGCCAACGGUGAAUUCCAGUUGUAUGGCGAGCACGACGAGGCCGGCUACAUCAGGCCCUACCUCCGCGUCCGGCACAACUGUCACGCCAAGCCGAACUGUGCCCGCAUCGCCGAGUACCAGAUCCCGCAGUCGGCCCUUGGAGACGUCUACGACAUGACCUUCUUGACGCUCGACAUCAAAGUGGCCGGCGAGACGGAAGUCUGC